GAAGCAUUAUCCCAAACAAUUUAGAACAAUUCCCCUUGAACUUCAACUCCUCAGAAUGAACCUGUAAAUAACCAGCACACCACUGAACUCAGAAAACAAUGCCCACCUCCACCUCCUCCCACCGAAUAACCAAACCACCCACCAAGCGGGGAGUCCGACGCGCAUCCCGCAAAUCAACCCAGCCAACAUCAUCACCAACCGUACAAUCCCACCUUGAACACCGACCCCAGGAACAGCCCACCCCCAUAACCCAACCCCAAAGCCAAACACAGCCACUAGUCGAACGCACCAACGCCCUCCCCCUCUCGGAAUUCAUCAACCUCUACGCCCCCGAGGAUGACCUUCACAUCAUCAAUCCGGCCAACGCUGAGGAGCAGCAACAACAGCAACAGCACUAUGCAAUCACCAUCUACACGGCCGCAACCCUGCCCCCAGGCAUCUUCACGCAAUGCUUCCAGCUAAUUGAGACCACCUCGGCGGAGGCAUACCGCGCCUCGUCGAUCGGCUGGUCGCCGUCCAAGAAGCGUAAGGAGAUGCAAUUACCGGACAUGAAGUAUCUGAUUCUCCGGCGCGCAGACCCCCAAGAGGCAGCAUUGCCCGAUGCGGAGGUUGCCCCCCCCAUAGAGGAGGAGGAGGAGGAGGAGGAGGAGGAGGUGCUCGGCUUCCUCUCGUUCAUGGUCACGUACGAGGACGGGUUCGAGGUGGUCUACUGCUACGAGGUGCACCUGGCAGCGGCGGCGCAGCGGCAGGGGCUGGGGGCGCGGCUGAUGCGGGUGUUUCUGCGGAUCGGGGAGCAGCUGGGGAUGGCGAAGUCUAUGUUGACAGUCUUCCGGGCGAAUGAGGCGGCGAUCCGGUUCUACGAGCGGCUGGGGUUCGGGGUCGACGAGAGUUCACCUCGGCCCCGGCGGUUGAGGAAUGGGACGGUCAAGGAUCCUGAUUAUCGGAUUCUCUCGAGGGCUUAUGCGAGAGAGUGA